UUCCUCAGAUCAGACACAAAGCAAAACAACAAACAAACACACAAACAACAAAACGUUUUAUGCAAUCUACUCGCGCUAUUACUUCUAAAGUAAACCCGCAAAGACUCACCAGAGCUUCCAAGCACUUCAAACCAAUCACCACUACUACAUCUCUACAACCACACAACAACUUCCACACUACAUCCAAAAUGUCGAUGUUCGGUCCUCGAUUCUACACUCCCGCUGAGCCCAACUUCACGGGUCUCUUCCGUCUCAUCGACGACUUCGACAAGUACGCCCUGCAGAACACCGACGGCGCCGCCGCCGCACAGCAGGGCGGCCGCCACGGCCGCCACCUCCCGACCUUCACGCCCAAGUUCGACCUGAAGGAGACGGAGAACACGUACGAGCUCCACGGCGAGCUGCCUGGCAUCGAGAAGGAGAACGUGCACGUGGAGUUCACGGACCCGCAGACCAUCGUCGUGCGCGGCCGCGUCGAGCGCACCUACCAAUCCGGCACGCCGCCGGCCGGCCUCCUCGAGAAGACACCGGAGAAGGCCGCUAUUACCGAGGGCGGCGCGGCCGAGCACCACGACAAGGCGCACCAGCCUACCGUCGAGGAUGACACCGAGGGCGCCCCCACCAGCACCACCGUAACCCAGACCGACAAGGGCAAGGUGGCCGAGCAGAACAAGCAGCAGCAGCAACAGCAGCCGCAGCACAAGUUCUGGGUCUCGGAGCGCAGCGUCGGCGAGUUCUCGCGUACCUUCCAGUUCCCCAGCCGCGUCGACACGGACAACGUCAACGCCUCGCUGAACAACGGUAUCCUCAGCGUCGUGGUGCCCAAGUCGAAGAAGCCGGAGGGACGCCGCAUCGCUGUCAACUAAGGGGUUAUCUAAUCAACCCUGACACCCUAUUCCACCAUCGUCACUACUACUACUACAAUCAAUUUUUCGCUCCUUUUGGUCACCGGACGAAAACCUUUGCGCUCCUUUCUUCCUAUCCGAUCCGGAAUGAUGGUGGAAUGAUACGACUUCACGACGUUCAAGUCACUUUCCUAGCAUGGAGUUUAUGGGGUCGAUGAGGCAGAAUGACACUUCGCACUUUGCAUCGAUACGGCGUCUGACGAUCACUUACUAGGGAGGAAAAGGUAUAAAAAAAAAGGGUUCAUGGAGGGUUUCUGGUUUUGGCAACAUGGCUUUCUGAUUCACAGUAAUUAGCUGAGAUUGUCUGGCGGAGGAAGGAGUCUAGUACCUAAUAAAAUAUGAGU